GGGUUCUUAGGUACCGGUACCUCCGUACCUGGAUGUGCUUCUGAUCGUACCUUCCUCGAUUGAGUUUAUACAUGCUGCUGCUUUACCGUGCCCACACACCGCAAAGCAGAUUCCGAGUCAGGCGCCCACCAGCACCAGCACCUCCACAAUCCUUAUCGGCAGGCGCCGUGGAGUGCGUGUGUGUUGCAGGCUCGCAGGCAAACACUCGGCUGCCCCAGACGACGUAAUUGCGCUAGCUAGUGAGGUGGAAGCUCCCCGGCCAACCAUGAAACAACUCAUCACAAGCCCAGACAGUCCAUAUCAGCUGCUUGUGCUUCCUCCUCCCAGCUCUCUCUCUCUCCUUAUCUCAUCGUCAACAUCAACACUGAUCUGAGAGCAUCACAUCAAUACAGCUCCUGGUGAGAAUUGUUAAUCCCUAUUCUCUAAACAACCCAUCUGCCGUCUGGCAACCUUCAUCAUGAAGCUCCUCACAUCCACCAUCCUUCUAGGCGCUGCCUCCACCGCCACAGCAUCUCAACAACAGAUUCUGGGAGGCAAUGCUCAGAAUCCCCUCGAGCAGAUUACCAAACCAGUCUCUGAUGCCUGGUCCAAGACCCUUGGCCAUCUUUCCGAGUCCAUGAAGGAGAUGUCCGGGGAAGUCAAGCAGAUCUGGGACGAGGUCAACAUGCUCUUCCCGGAAGCUAUGGAAAAGGCCAACCUUUUCUCUGCUCCUAAACCACACAAGAAACGUCCGGAUAGCACUUGGGACUACAUUGUUAAGGGUGCUGAUGUCCAGAGUGUUUGGGUUGAGAACUCGAGCGGUGAGAAGGAGCGAGAGAUUGACGGAAAGCUCGAGAACUACAACCUCAGAGCUAAGAAGGUUGAUCCAUCUAAGCUUGGUGUUGACACUGUCAAGCAGUACAGUGGUUAUCUCGAUGAUGAUGAGAAGGAUAAGCAUCUCUUCUACUGUAAGUCUACCUGAAAUCAAAUAAAUCAGUUUGGAAACUGCUUCUAACGACCUUCUAGGGUUCUUCGAGUCCCGAAAUGACCCAAAGAAAGACCCCGUUAUCCUUUGGCUUAACGGAGGCCCAGGCUGCUCAUCUCUAACCGGUCUCUUCCUCGAACUCGGUCCAUCUUCAAUUGACAAGAACUUGAAGCUCAAGAGCAACCCAUACUCCUGGAACGCCAAUGCUUCGGUCAUCUUCCUCGAUCAACCAGUCAACGUCGGUUACUCCUACAGUGGCGGAUCUGUCAGCAACACAAUCGCUGCAGGAAAGGAUGUCUAUGCUCUCCUUACACUCUUCUUCAAGCAAUUCCCCGAAUACGCAACCCAGGACUUCCACAUCGCAGGAGAAUCAUAUGCCGGUCACUACAUUCCAGUCUUCACAUCCGAGAUUCUCUCACACAAGAAGCGUAACAUCAAUCUCAAGUCUAUCUUGAUCGGAAAUGGUCUCACCGAUGGUUUGACCCAAUACGAAUACUACAAGCCAAUGGCAUGCGGAAAGGGUGGAUACAAGGCCGUUCUCAGUGAGAGCGAGUGUCAAGCCAUGGACAACGCACUUCCUCGCUGCCAAAGUCUCAUUCAAAACUGCUACGAUAGUGAGAGUGUUUGGUCUUGUGUCCCUGCAAGCAUUUACUGCAACAAUGCUAUGAUCGGACCUUACCAAAAGACCGGCCAGAACGUUUACGAUAUCCGAAGCAAGUGUGAGGAUUCUAGCAACCUUUGCUACUCUGCUCUCGGCUGGAUUAGCGAGUACCUCAACAAAAAGGAUGUGCAAGCCGAGCUCGGUGUCGAAGUCAGCUCAUAUGACAGCUGCAACUUUGAUAUCAACAGAAACUUCCUUUUCCAAGGUGACUGGAUGCAACCUUUCCACCGUCUUGUUCCCGGUAUCCUCGCAGAGCUCCCAGUUCUAAUCUACGCCGGUGACGCUGAUUACAUCUGCAACGUAAGCUAUUACUCCAAAUACUCAAUGAAUGAAUCAAGGAAGAAUACUGACAUGUUUUAGUGGCUCGGUAACCAAGCCUGGACAGAGGCUCUUGAGUGGCCUGGUCAAAAGAACUUCAACAAGGCUUCCAUCAAGGACCUCGAGCUCGAUGGUGGCCACAAGUACGGAAAGAUCAAGAACAGUGGAAACUUGUAAGUCAUCCUUUGAAAGACAUCCUUCUAGGACUAACGACUAAUUUUAUCUAGCACUUUCAUGCAAAUCUUCGGUGCUGGACACAUGGUUCCAAUGGACCAGCCAGAAGCCUCAUUAGAUUUCCUCAACAGAUGGCUUGGUGGAGAGUGGUACUAAACAUAAGACGUGGCACUAAACACAAGAUUUCCACUUGGAUAGGACGACCGUUCGAAAGAGGUUCAUAAUUGUAUCAUUGGCACAGCUCUAUAGAUCUGUACUUUAGGCGCCUGGUUAGAUCAAUUAAAUUUUCAUCGAUUAACUAAAUCUGAACAAGAAAUUGCAGUACA